GUGCGCGAGCUCAGCAGAGGAGGCACGUAAGUUCCCUAGGCAAUUUUGACUCUGAGUGAGCGCUGAAUGAGAGAGAUUUCCCGCUUGGAGCACGUUUUUUCUCCACAAUGAAGGAAUUUUUACUCUUUUGAGUUUACAACAACGAGAACAACAAAACGUCGUUAUUCCCGGCGUUUGGUGAGGCUCUUGUUAAAAUUCCUCGCGCCCAGUCCCGGGGAGGCAGCACCUGCCCGAGGGACCGGCUUGAUUCUGUUAUCGUCUUUUUUUGGAGAAUUCACAGAAUCCAAGGAACGCUCAAUUUUAAGAGGGGGACUCUUUCACACGUCAUGGGAGGCAUUCGCUGAGUGCGUGGAUAGCCCUGUUACUUUGAUUGAAAAGGAAGAGAAUAAAUAUCGUUUCGACUCAUCUGCAAAGAAGUAACUUUGGGAAUUGUUGGGAUAUAGAAAGCGUCUUGUGUCUGAGCGCCUGGCUUUCAUUUGUUGCACCUCGGACUUUACUGGAGGAAUUCUCGGAUCCAUCAGAAUGACCCCCAUCGGUUGCGCUAAGCUGUCAUUCCUUCUCCCCUGCUUAAUUUGCCUCAGCGGGCUGGUGGAUGGUGCGAGGGAGCCGCAGCUGCAUCCAGCAGGCCAUCAGCACGUGAGGCACGCAGGGAGAUCCCUCACACUCACCUGCAGUAGUUCCCGAUCUCCGGUCAACUGGACUCUGCCCAGUAGGAGCCUGUCAUCUGGGGGCGUUCAUGUGGAGAACUGCACCAGGAGGCCGUACUGCAAGAAGCUGCUCGUGCACCACCUCGCCUUCAACGAUACGGGCGUGUACACCUGCCAUUCUCAAGAACGCACACAAUCAACUUACGUGUUUGUAGAAGAUCACGCUCAACCUUUCCUGGAAGCCUACACCAGCAAUCCGCUAGUGCUGUUUUCCUACAGAGAAGAUCCGUCUGUGCUAAUACCCUGCAGAACGACGUCACCUGACUUCAAUGUCGACGUGGAGACCAUGCCCUCCAUGGAGGAAAGUAUAAAGAAGAGUCUUGAGUGGGAUCCCAAGCACGGCUUUACUAUUCCUUAUAAAACCCGGUAUGACAACUACCACCUGGUCACAUGCCACAGCACCGUCAAUGGCAUACGAUACAGCUCAAACUACAUUAUUCAAAGAACAACCAGUCAUCUGACUAAUGUGAAGAUUACCCAUUCUGAGUAUCACAACAAGCCUACAGAGCUUUUAAACGGCGACACUCUGGUCCUCAACUGCUCCGCACUGACCGAGGACAACGGCCUCGUCACCUUUGAAUGGAAAUUACCCAAUGUAAUACUACUCUACCACUACUACUACUCUACUGCACUGCAGGGAACUCGCAUGUCUGGCGAUGGCUACUAUACCAAAUCCCACCGCAAGUCCAACGUCCUGACCAUCCCCAGGGUGACUGCACAGGACAUGGGCAACUACACCUGCUUCUCCUGGAUAGCCGCAAAAACGCUGAACACCACUGCACAGGUCAUCAUUUACAAGCAUCCAUUUUUGAAAUUGGAACACAGGGGUACUCCAACAGUGGUGAGGAGAAUGGGUCAAAAGGUUGUUCUUGACCCGUUUAUCCACACCUUACCGAAACCAAGAAACAUUGAAAUCACCUGGUAUAAGAACGGUGUACUUCUUCCAAAGAACGGCACAUGCUAUCGCCUGACGGGCCACAAGCUCAUCAUCAAGGAGGCCAAAGAUGACCAGGCAGGGGUGUACACCGUGGAGGUGAACAACCGAGCAGGACACCUCUUCAGAACUCUGAACUACACCUUGGUGGUGGAAGUGACUCCAAAGAUUCUGGAGGCCGAGACGACGGAGGAGCCGGAGUUUGUGCGUUACGGCCAGCCCCUGAAGCUCACCUGCACCAGUCACGGCGUCCCCACACCUGAGAUCAGCUGGUUCUGGCAGCCCUGUGACCCCGACUCGGAUUCCCCAAAAUGUAAGCUGCUGGGUGAAGCCAGGCCUGUGCGGGCUCAGACUGUGGAGGAUUACCCACAUAACUGGGUAGAAAUAUUUGACAACACAAAUAAGAGCAUGAGCACCCUGCUGAUGACGUCCGCUAAUGCGUCAGGGAUCUACUCCUGUCUGGCCAUCAACAAGCUGGGCAAUGACACAUUGAACAGGACCGUCUACGUGAGCGAUGGCCUGGAGCCGUUUGAAGUGUCUCCCGUCGUGGCCAUCGAAGGGUCCGAUGCCACGCUCACCUGCCGCACCACACGCUACCUCUUCAGCAACGUGACCUGGUGCGACUCUCAGAACCGCACGGUCUCGGGAGCGGUGGAGCUGGUGGGCCAGUACUCCACCUCGGUGGCCAUCACGCUGCGCAACGUGUCCAGGAACCACACGGAGGACUACCGCUGCAGAGCCUACAGCAUCCUCGCCAAGACACUGGUCCAGAAAUCUGCAGACCUCAUUAUUAAGGUGAGGGAGGUCCCGACACUGAGCCAGAACCUGACCAAUCAGGACGUGAACAGCAGCAGCACCCUGACGCUCACCUGUCUGGCGUCAGGAGUGCCAAGCCCCAACAUCACCUGGUACAAGAACCACGUACCUGUCGUGGAGGGACCAGGCAUCACUCUGAAGGAGGAGGGUUUCCUGAUCAUCCAGAGGGUGAAGAAGGAGGACGAGGGCAUGUACGAGUGCAGAGCCAGCAACGACAAGGGAGCCGUGGCCUCCACAGCCAUGGUCCGCGUCCUUGGUGAUGACGGCAAAGCAAACAUUGAGGUGAUCGUGUUGGUGUGUACGGGUGCAGCAGCCACUUUCCUUUGGAUCAUGCUCAUUCUCUUCAUCCGCAAGCUCCGCAAGCCCAGCUCUGCUGACAUCAAAGCUGGCUACUUGUCCAUCAUCAUGGACCCUGACCAGAUGCCAUUGGACGAGCAGUGCGACCGCCUGCCUUAUGACAGCAACAAGUGGGAGUUCCCCAGAGAUCGCCUCAGACUGGGUAAAACUCUGGGCCACGGCGCGUUCGGGAAGGUGGUGGAGGCCUCUGCCUUUGGGAUUGAUAAGCUGUCAACGUGCAAGACGGUAGCCGUGAAAAUGCUGAAAGGGGGAGCCACUAAUAACGAGUGGAGAGCGCUGAUGUCAGAGCUGAAGAUCCUCAUCCACAUCGGCCACCACCUGAACGUGGUCAACCUCCUGGGGGCCUGCACCAAGCCUGGAGGUCCCCUUAUGAUUAUUGUGGAGUACUGCAAGUAUGGCAACCUGUCCAACUACCUGAGGAGCAAGAGGGCCGACUUUGUGGUGUACAAGAGCCAGGAUGGCAAGGCACUGCACUCUGGCACUGGCUGUGACCUGAGUGAGCUGAUCAAGAGGCGUCUGGAGAGCGUGGCCAGUACCGGCAGCUCGGCCUCCUCAGGAUUCAUAGAGGACAAGAGCUACUGCGACUCUGAAGAGGAGGAAGAAGAAUCCGAGGACCUGUACAAGAGGGUUCUGACAAUGGAGGACUUGAUUUGCUACAGUUUCCAAGUGGCGAAAGGCAUGGAGUUCUUGGCAUCGCGUAAAUGCAUCCAUCGUGACUUGGCAGCCCGCAACAUCUUGCUGUCCGAAAACAACGUGGUGAAGAUAUGCGACUUCGGUCUGGCCAGGGACGUCUACAAAGACCCAGACUACGUGCGCAAGGGAGAUGCCCGGCUUCCCCUGAAGUGGAUGGCACCGGAGGCCAUCUUUGACAAGAUCUACACCACGCAGAGUGACGUGUGGUCAUUUGGCGUUCUCAUGUGGGAGAUCUUCUCUCUGGGUGCCUCUCCUUAUCCUGGCGUUCAGAUCGACGAGGAGUUCUGCUGUCGGCUGAAGGAAGGGACGCGAAUGAAGCCACCAGAGUACUCCUCAUCUGAGAUAUAUCAGACCAUGCUGGAUUGCUGGCAGGGGAACCCGGUGGAGCGGCCAACCUUCACAGAGCUGGUGGAGACACUCGGAGACCUGCUGCAGGCCAGCGUUCAACAGGAAGGGAAGCACUACAUCCCCAUCAACACCCUGCUGUCCAAGGUGGCCAACAGCCCCUCCACAGAGGCCCCCACAGAGGAGUCCUCCAGCCGCCCGCUCUCUCAGAGGGACUCGGGCACAUGGAAUAUUAAGAUCCGUCCUGCUAGCGUGAAGACCUUCGAUGAGGUGACCAUGGAGAAUGGGACCAAUGAGAUCCACGAGGGGGGCCAGUCGGACAGUGGGAUGGGUCUGUCCUCGGACAGUAUGAAGACACUGCAGCGGUUGGAGUCACUGGCCAGGCCCCUCAGCAUCAUGGCUCUCGCGAUGAAAACUGUGAGCAAGAGUAAGGAGUCCAUCCUGAUGGAGGGCGACCGAGGGAGCAAGUACCAGCCCCCAGUUCCUUCGCUGGACUUCGGCCUGGAGGACUCGUCCCUCGACCCAGAGCUGGAGUGCCACAGCCCCCCUCCAGACUAUAACUCUGUCGUUCGCUACUCCACCCCACCUGUCUAGCGGGCCUGUAGUGGUGGGGUCUCUCCACAGACAGCCCCCCCCCCAAAAAAAAAACACAUCCACCCCCUCCCCACCUCAUCCCCAGGAGCCACCAUCAGCUGUUUUGGGAUCCCUCCUGUCUGGUCUAGGCAUCACCUGUACUGGACCUGGAUUGGACACUUCCCCUCUAGUCUAGCAGAGCUGUCAGCCCCGGAAGUCAGAUAGUCAAAACCCUGCCACCAAUGUGAUCCAACUAGCUCUGAAUUGGCUGAUCAUAAUGAAGGCUCAAGUCAGGCAGCUCAGAAGGAAACUGUGGCAGGCUUUUUCUUGUUUUACUUCUGAACUGGGUGUUUGAUGUCUCUGCUUUCUGAUCUAAACACAGCCUUGUAUUGGGGUCCCUCCACAGACCCCCGAACACUGCCCCUCUCCCCCUGGAGUCACCAUCAGCUGUCUCUAUAUGCCCUCUGCCUAAUCAAUCCAGUCACCUCUACAGCUUACCUCUCUCCUCUCCUCUCAUCUCCUCUCCUCUCCUCCACUCUCCUCUCCUCCACUCUCCUCUCCUCUCCUCCACUCUCCCCUCCUCUCCUCUCCUCUACAGCCUUAUAUUCUCCUCUCUCUCUCACUGCAGAGCCAAAGUUGUAAGUUGUGUGUAACUGGGAUUUCAAAGUGCAGCUGCAAAAGUGUCAAGUUUCCAGCUCCACAAAUAAGAAGUCCAGUCACUUACAACUUGGCACUUUUUGACCUGGAUAAAUGAGAAAAAUCACAACAUCGAUGUCCCGGCCAGGAUUUUUUUUGACAUUCCGUUUUAAUUUCUUCACAAGAUUCAGCGUCUCAUUUUUCCAGCCGGGGUUGUCCUCUGAGGACACUGCAAUGAAGUUUUAUCGAGGGCUUCCGAUUAAUGCUUGACGUCUGUUUUCCCUUUCCUGCCAAGGAAUGUGCUUUGGUGCUAUAGUUGGCGUUAGAUGGCUCCUUUUGAACACUCAUCCUUUUCCCAUCCAUUUUCUUUGUUCUGUGUUUUUUUUCUUCACAUUAUUUUCUUUCAAAUGAGCACUUUCCAAGGGGCAGAUAUUGUUUUGUUGAGGCGAAUAACAAUGGUCAGAAAAAAGUUAGAGGUUAGAAAGUUAAAAAGGGGGGAUUAUCCACUUUUUCAUUGGUCUCCUCCAGUGCUGCUGACUUUGCACCCUCACCACUGUGCUAAAGAUCUAACCCACAGAAACACUCCGCUUCAGAACAGCCUCUCAGGUAUAUCUUUUAUCUACUGUGAACACAUUGGAAAAAUAUAUAAGCACAGCUCUCACUCCUGCUAAAACCAAAUCAAAGGACAUUCCUCUCUGCAAUCCCAAAUUGAACCAUGUAUCAUUUCGUCACCUUCCUAAAAUACUCGUCUAAGUCUUUUUUUGAGGAGGUCGGCUCUUAUUCCAUAAAUUCUUUUCUCAAGAUACAACUCUUGACAUAAUGCAUUAUCAUAUUACAUCACAUUGUGUUGCAUUUAGCAGAAGCUUUUAUCCAAAGUGACUUACAAACAGAACAUACAUUUCAAAGUUCAGAGUGUGGGAAAGUAAAGAGUAUUUAAGUAGAACAAAAACAGGUAAUAGAUAAUGUGAAAAUAGAGAAUAUAUGCAAAAAACACAAACAGUUUUGUAAUAACAUGACUCAGGUGAUUAUUUUCAGAAUCUGACGAUUUUACUAUUGAGCAAAGCAAUACACCACAGGCAGUGGGGAGGGUGGACUUAUUUCCUUUUUGUCUUAUUUCUUUGUCUAUAUUACUUCACCUCUGUACAAAUAGCUCAUGAAACUGGAAUGUUAUAUUUUUAUUUUAAUAGUAUAUAAUUAUUUUGGAAGUAGCCCUAAAAUAUUUAAAAGAUUUUGUCUUGUUUUGGAGGAUGUGUUAUUUUCUGUAUUCACAAAGAGCAACUGUUACAUUACAGCACCACAGUGAUCCUUGAACAUAUUUAAAAUAAUAAAUAUAACAUUUACAUAAGAAAUUAAAUCCACACAAACGUUAUCCCAUGGCAAUUACAGGGACCAUGUUUAUAACAACUAUUUAUACUAUACAACCACUAGGAGAGUUAUUUCACAACUUCGUCUUAUUUUAACUUCAUCUGGCAAAAUCUUAUAUAUCUAUUCACGAUAUUCCGCCCUGCCCAUUUCAAUGUCGCUGUGCUCUUGCAGAAUUACCGGUCUGCUAGUUCCUGUUUGGCUUCUCCUAUGUUUGGACCAAUCGGAAUUGAAAAAUAGUGAUGGUGCCGCGGCGGCUUGUAACCAUAGAUAAUAAGGUGGACACAUAGGAAUUGAUGCAGAUGCCUCUGUGUGCAACUGCUUUUUGUUGGUGCCAGGUUUUCCUGUACCAGGAAGAACUGAGAAUAGACAAGUAGUAAGGCAGAUUGACUUGAAUGUGAAAAAAUGAACUGUAGCUUCACAGGCAGUAUUGGUUGCCCCAGGCCAGUCUAUUUAGCCUAUUUUUUACAUUGACGUUGCAUAACUUCUGUUUUUGUAGCGAAGCAGGUACAUGCGGCUACCAUUUUCAGGCAGAAAACAGUGGCGUCGAAUGUGUGCUAUACUGUAUGUCUUAAUGCCCCCAGAUGUAACUCAAGCCUGCUUCGACUGCAUUAGAAGGAUAAAACCUCGUUUAUAGCUGUCUGAACUGGCCGCAAUAAGAGUUUCAAAGGUGUCUCAGGACUGACAUCACAUGAAAAAGGCUCAUUCCACACAGCACGCCUUAGAUGAUUGCUGUGAGGUAGCAGUUGUGCGAUCACUGUGUUCUGCAUUGCAAAAGAUUAAGUCUUAGCAAGCCUAUUUUUCUAUUUUCAAGUGUACAUUUAUUUCUAUAUUCAAGAAACAGCUACUCUUAAUUUAAGACGUGUUUCAGGAAUUUCUAGUUGGUUGGUGAUUUUGUCUUGAUUAUUACUUGAAAAUAGAAAACUAGAAUAGAAAGACUUCAUUUUUUGCUUUGUAUUCUUUCCAUUAUUUAUUUCACUUAACUCGUAUCAUAUGUUACUUCACUUCGACAUAAAAGUGUCUCUGUAUUAUUAAGAAAAUGUGACUUUAAGGUGUAGCCAUUUUUUGUUGCCAGUGUUAUCCUUCAUUAUCACGUGUUAUCAUCUGUUAUCAUCUGAUGUCAUCUGAUUGUUGUAUGUUUGCAGAGGUUAACCUCUGCUUUAGAAGUAAAAAACCUUACCAUUGAUGUCUUCUGCCACCGUACUUAAGAAAGGAGACUUAACUAAUUAUUACCCAAUCAAACUUUCUAAAUUCCUGUGUCAGAGAACAGUUUGAUCAUGAUGGUUAUGUGGCAAGGUUUUUGUUUUUGUUUUGUUUUUUACUGAAGAUGGCAUCUACACUUCUGUUUUUUUUCAUGAAUACAACCACAUCAGUAAUCCAGUGAUCAGUCAAGCUAAAGGUUUUCAGAUUAUUCUCCCAUCUGAUAAAAAGCCUCAUGCUCUUCACUGUAUAUGUAACGUGACCAUUAGAGAAGUUAGCAGCAUACUACUGCUUGCUAUUUGUUGUAAUGGAAUUCAGCCAGUAUGUUUGUUUCAUGUGUAAUUGAGGUCUUCCAGCGUAAGUCCAGAACUAAUCUCAAAAAUGUAACAGGUGUGGCGCAAGACAUUUUGGGCCCCAUGAAACAUUCGAAUUUUGGGCCCCCUCAAGGGCCCUUCUCAGUGCUGUCAGUGCUUGGGCCCUUAGAAUCUGUAACACCUUUCCCCUCCUAGGGGCAGCCAUGCUGUAACCUGUAACUUCACACCAACUAGGGUGUUUGGGGCAGGCUAUUACUCAGUAGCAUACCCUAUUAUAGCAGAGCAGACAGCAUGUCUUAAUGUUCUAUGAUGCGUGGCUGCAUAUAUGAUGGAAGUGGAUAUUUAGGCUGCCUGUUUAACCCUUUGAGGAGUAAGGAAUUUCCCCCAAUUCUUUCAAAUUUUACUCAAACACAACAUACAGUAUAGAAUUCUGUGUUAAAAAUCCUGCAGUGCGGUUGUGACAUCUUCAGAACUCAAAAUGUUGCUGAACUUCUUAUCACAAAUAUGUGGUGAUACUCUUCAAAGGGUCACUUGAUAUUGAUAAUGCCGGGCACAAGUCUACCUACAUAAUAUUGGCAGUGGGCCGGAGUUGCUUUGUUACCGUCACUUUUCUGGCUCUAUGGGGCACGUAUCAAACUUGAACAGAGUUCAAAAGUAAUCAUUUUUCAGUGUCACAACUAAAUGCUAGUGUUUGGGAGAAAUCAGACACAAUUGGAUAAAAUCAGUUAACCUAGCUGUCCCACCAUCGUUUCUCAAUUUGUCUAUUCCAGACCCUAUGUGCAAGUACAAUAGGUAUGAGGGCAUGGUAGGGCCAGGCCAGGCAUCCGUUACGCGUGCUUAAGAAAUAUACUGUAUAGGGCAGCUUGCAGGCAGGCUACAAGUAAACUUAUAACCUUUUCAACAGUCUGGUCACUAUGGUGUAUGCUGUAUGCUAUUCAUGUUAAGUUAAAAGUAUUGUGCAAAUCUGCCGUCUUCGCUCUGCACCAAGUUCUGAAGUUAUUAAAAUAGGUAGAGAAUGUAAACAGUCUUGCAAGAUAAUGUAUGUGUAGAGGAGGAUUUAGCUUACUGAACACUAACCAAGUGGAUAAGUGCCAGUACCAACGGUAAUUUCGCUUUCACUUUUUUCACUUUCAUAAUUCAAUUCUAUACCCUUUUCCAAACAUUUACUGCCAAAAUGAUGCCUGUAUUUUUCUAGUUUGACUAGUUUGUUCUGCGCUUUGAUGAAGUAAAAAAAUAUAUAUAUGUAUGCACUGAUAUUUUUUAUCAAAUAUGGAUUUUUGUAUUCAAUUGUAUUUUAUUAAUAACCACCUGUAAGUCUUAAAUAAAUGAAUAAAGAUUUAUAUAUUUAUAUGUU